GGUCAGGCAUGAGCCGUCUUUACACUGUCAUAUUUGCAGUAACUAUCGUCAACAGAUCAAAAUGAAUGCUCUUCAGAUUGUUUGGUCACGGUUUAUUUGGAUUCCAUCCUUCAAUGCAAAAAUGUACGGCCCCAUGAAUAAAGUAGACCACGCCGUUGACCCCGUGACCCGAAGAUGGCCGACUGCCAACACCUGAGAAUGUGACUGGCAGAAAUAAACGUCUGCGUAGUUCCCACAAAUGACGUUUGUUUCAGCACUGGAGUGAGACAUUAUGAAGUUACGAGUGAAGAUCAGUGGAGAGAAGACACGAGUAGACGUGGGACAGGACUGUCGCACACUGGGCACGCUCAGAAGCCUGCUGGCUCCUGUCCUGUCUCAACAGUUUGGACUUGGAGAUGACAGGUCAUUUGAGAUAAGCUUGAAUGGUCGAGAUGCGCUUGUUGGUGACGACAAACCCCUUUCUGAUCUCGGUAUCGUCUCUGGCGACCUCAUACAUAUCCUCCUACCAGCCGCUGACCCCCAGCCUUCAACCAAUCACAACACUCAUCCACAGGCACAGGACCACUCCUCCCCAGAACACCCCCAGGCUCCCACCAAUCACAGAGCUCGGGAUCAUUCCUCCCCAGAUCAAGCUAGUGGACUGAGGGGUGAAACAGAUGACACGAAAAAAGCAAAAAAUGCUGCAACCUGCGGAAACGAUGCCAAACCAGCCAACCAAGAGGAUACAAGUACAUCUGACUCAGUACAGGCAGACACCCUUGUUAAGGAGGAUGAGAAAGAAAGUGUGUUGAUGGACAAAGAAGAAGAAUCAGCAGACAAUAAUGGAGAUGACAAAGGACUUGAGAUGGAUGUGGAGGAAGAGGGAGCUGAGAGCCUAUCAAUGGAAGGCGCGGGGGUGGGAGGGGUCCCCUCUGAACCGAUGUUGUGUCGGGAAGCCACGGUAGACUCCGUGCCACUGGUCCUACAACAAGUCUACCGUGCCAAUGAUGUCAGGAGCAGACAUGACGCCCUGUGUGUGGUGCUGCAUGUGCUCAUGAUGGAAAGUGGAUUCUCAGCAAAGGACCCAUCUUCUCCACAAGAGCAAGACAGCAUCAAUGGAUUUACCCUUCCUCCUGGUUGGAAGUCACCAGGAAUGUACAAGAUGACCUACAGACACAUGGCCUGUGAGGGGUCAUCAUGCAGUCUCACGCUGGUACCUAUGGGGUCCCUUUUGAUGGCUCAUGGUGUGGUUACAGGGAGCAAUCCCAGCAUGCACCACCAGGUCCAGCUGAGAACUGACAGUUUCACCUUCCAUAUUCUACAAGACCCUAACAGAGCCUACAAGAAUCUUCCCCAGUUGUCUAAGGUGUUUAAGGACUCUGUUGCUCAACCACUACUGGCUGACAUGAGGCAAUUACUGGGUCUGCCUGCCCUGCAUGGUCUUCUGGCCCUGUCAGCAGAAAUUCAGUUGAUGGUGUUACAGCACCUUGAUGUGUUAAGCCUGGUCAGACUGUCAGCUGUCUGUAAAGACUUGAACAGUGUUGCCAACGACCAAAGUCUCUGGAGAUUCAGGUACCUGAGGGACUUUGGAGAGUUCAAAAAUAAAACAUCAACCCUGGAUUGGAAAGAGUUGUACAAGAAGCACUACCAGGACCGUAAGAAGGCGCGGGAAUGGAUGCGUCACCAGCGAUCCUUCCACCCCCCACCGCCCCCCUGGGCCAUCCCCACCCCUCCCCACUCCUUCCCCCCAACCUACCCCCCUGGCUUCAUCGGAGGGGACUAUGACAGAUACCCCCCUGGGAUGCCCGGGGCAUUCUUCCCCCCUGGGUUGGGGAGGGGGUUCAGCCCCUCUCAGCCGAUCAGACCCCCUCCCCUGGGGCCCCGGUUUGACCCCAUUGGUCCGUUACCCGAGCACCAGGUCAUCCCGGGCCGUGGCAUGAGGGACGGGCGGGGCAGGAUGGGACCGUCUCCGUCAUUCGGCUUCAUGCCUAAAUUCUUCUAACUACAGAAACCUCUACAACUGUCUGUAGCUUAGGACAAAGGCAAAAUACUCAUCUGUAUUUUUGAAUGUUACACAGUCUGGCAUUAAAGGUGUUCAAUCAAGCACUGUAAACUAUGGGGUAUUGAAAGUACAGGUCUAAUCAUGUUAACAACCAUUUGUAAAAUUAAUGUGACCAGUGAUGGUUGGUGUCAAUAAAACAAGCAGCACUAUUGAGCACAAUGUGAGAUGAGUUGAUACUGUAUAUUCUAGAAAGUGUCAGAAGAUUAACAUAGUUAAGU